AUGACUUCAAUGGCUAUCAGAGAAGAUAUCGCCCCCGCAGAUCAUCUUAUUGAGCAAAGACCAGAUCUUGAAUCUCAGGUCAUUGAGUCCCUAUCUCAAACCCCCUACAAAUGUCUAUCAUUGGAACAAUUGAGUGGUGGAAUAGCCAACUUUACCUUUCGAGGAAGUCUUUAUCUGCCCCUGCAAGAUAACCGGAAAAGUGUCAUCAUUAAGCAUUCUCUGUCAUGUGAAAAGACGGGAGUUCUUGAUUUGCCAGUAAUUCGCUGUGCUGGGGAAGCUGUAUCUCUCGAGGUUAUGCGUGGCAUUUUAUUCAAGCAUGAACAUGUUUCAAUCCGGUCCCCACACCCCCUCUAUCUCGAUACGCACGCAAAUAUCCAGGUUAUGGAGGAUAUCCCCAAUGUAGGGACACUUCGAGACAACCUUUAUCUUGAUAAAACCACUUCCCAAUCCACAGCAAUAUGCAUUGGUGAAAGCCUUGGGCUAUGGCUUGGCGAGUUUCACUCCCGGGACUGGAGUCACGUUGAUGAAGACGUAAUGGCGACAAUACGAGAGAACACAGCCGCUCUGAGCAUGGGGGGUUUACACUUACAUUUCAUGAUGGACGCAUUUCAUGAUGACCUACUCGCAAAAGAAAGUGUCUCGAAACUCUUUUCGCAGAACCACAACGACCGACGCUCUAUCCUUCAUGGCGACUUUAGCACUAGAAAUUUCCUUCUCCAGUCACAUCAAGAAAACAACAAAAAGAAUGAUAUCAACCUUGUUCUCGUUGACUGGGAACUCUGCCGCUAUGGUUGUGUUGCGGAGGACCUGGCAUCUAUGAUCGCGUGUCUCUACACCCAAUGGAUGCUUGAGGAUACUCCAUCCGCAGAGUUUAUACUGCGUGGGUUCAUCCGCGGAUAUGGCCAGCUGAGCGAACAUUUAAUUUUUCGAUUGGCCGGUCUAAUCCCCGUCUAUCUUGUGAUUUGGGGAAAGUUCGAUGUUAUUAUUGGAGAAAAGUCUGAAGCACGAACACGCGAAUUACAUAGACAUGCGAGGGAUUUCCUGGUUGGGGCUGCUCAGAGAGAUGUAAAAUGGUUGUCGCAGAGCUGCUUGAGCGAGUUUCUCAGGGGUUGA